AUGCCGGCCGGAGCAGCCAGUUCCGUGGCGCGGCUGCGGCCCUUCUGCGUGCCGGUGUUGCUGCAGGUGGCUCUCAGCUCGCUCAUCCCCCUCGCCUUCCCCGAUGUCUGGCGCACUCUCCGCUUCUGGGACCGCCUCAUGCCCAUCUACAUGGGGUACAUGAAAACGAAGCUGGCGGUGCGCAAGAAGCCCAUUGAGGUUCGCCACGAGAAGUGGGCUGUGCGCCACGAGUGGGGCGGCAAGCUAGUGCACGAUCUGGCUAGUGCACGACCUGGUGCUGCGUCUCAGCGGCCUCUACCACUCACAGCUAUGCCAACCCCGCCCCCUUCCCGCAUCCCCCAUGCUGUCCCCCCUGGUGGUGCCUUCCUCCUCCCCCCCCCCUCUGCCCCUCAGGACUUCAUGCCAGCAGCGUGGGUGCGGCGCCUCUCAGCCCUAUUCGACAACGUGCCCCCCCGCCCCUACUCGCAAGUCAUCCGCUCCAUCCAAUGCGAGCUCGCCAUCUCCGACAUUCCACCCAGUCAAAGCAAGUCAACGCAGGUCAAGCGCCGCGCACUGCUGGUAGCAGACGUGUUUGAGAGCAUAGACGAGGAGUCCCUCGCCUCUGCCUCCAUAGCCCAGGCGCAUGCAGCUGUGCUCCUGCACUCGCUCCCUGAAAACCUCCCCACUGACCCCACCAAGGUGCUGCCCAUUCUGCCGCACCUCACGAGUAAAGAGAAGGACGCCCUUGGGAUUGCCGCGGAGUGCACUGAGGUGUGCUUUGUGGCGAAGACGGAUCGGCUGUGGGUGACGCCGCUGACAGAAGAGGGCGAACAAGAGGAGGAGGGCGAGGAGGAACAGUUUUUCGAUGGUGAGGGAGGGGAGAGCAGCGAGAGUGGGGACGAGAGGGACGAUUUCUUUGACGCGCAUUCCGAGGCCCAUGAACUCGGCGCUGACGUGGCGAACAGCAGCCACGUGGCAGCGUGUGAGGGACGGGAGGGAGGGGCCACGGGAGCAGCAGAGGGGGGGACCGGCGAAGAGGGAGGUAAUGAGGAGGAGAAUGAGAGGGAGCGGGAGAGGGAGAGGCAGCGGGGCAGGGCGGUGGUGGUGAAGGUGCAGCAUCUGGGCAUGGAUAUCAUCAUGCGCUCCGACCUCAGAAACAUUGGCCGCGUUGCUGAAUUCCUCUCGCCCCAGCUGCCCUUCGACCUCCGCAAUAUAGUGAAGGAGAUACAGCAGACCAUUCCCAACGAGUUCAACUUCCAGAGGGAGGCCGCCUUCAUGACCACGGUGCGCCACAACCUCGCCUGCCGGGGCUUCCACCAGGUCGUCUGCCCCACGCCCGUCUUGAGUCUCUGCACGCGCCGCAUGAUCGUCAUGGAGAGGCUCUAUGGCACACCAUUCACCAAGAUAAUCGACUCUCUACACCCGUACAAAGAUUCCUCCCUCCUCCCUCCUCCUCUUGCCGCCACGCGCCUAGAAGCGAUCUCAGCCGUCCGUUCCCUCCUCGAAUCCUACGGUGCCAUGUUCUUCCUGGACGGCGUUUUCCAUGCCGACCCGCACCCGGGAAACCUUUUGCUGCUGCCCGGCGCCAAGCUCGGGCUGCUGGAUUUUGGGCAGUCGAAGGUUUUGGAGUGGCAGACGAAACGUUCGUUUGCCCGGAUGGUUGUAGCCCUGUGUAAGGGUAACCAGCUGGAAAUCGCCCUAGCUCUGUUGGGAACAGGAAUAUCGUUUGGGGGGGAGGCUGAUUGGACUACUUUCUUCUCUAAACCAGGGGAGGAGUCAACAGGGGGGAGCGCAGCAGUAGGGGCAGAGGAGGCUGGGAAGGGCGGAAAGGGGGGCGGCGAGGCAGUGAAAGUAGAGCCAAUGAUGAAUGGACACGUGUCAGAGAGUGCUCAAUGUAACGGCCUGGCAGCAGUCAAUAGUGUGGCUGCUGCUGCUGCUCCUGCUGCUCCUGCUCCUGCAGGGCUGGGCCUUGGUUCUGGUCUGGGACCCAAGCGGCCAGCAGCUUCAGGCUCAAAAGCAGCAUCAGCAGACACGGUCACAGCAGCAGCAGCAUCAACAGGCACAGGGACAGGGACAGCAACAGCAGCGCCAGGAGGAGAGGAAGUGGUGGGGCUGCCUGGUCUGGGCCCCAGGCCGAGGAAAAAGAAGACGGUUGCAUUCAGCGACCCCCUCACUCUCGGCCCUUCUGCCUCCUUAGGUUCUGCUGCCGCCGCCGCUGGUGCUGCUGCUGCUGGCAUGCCAGCUGCCCCAACGAAAAGCAACCUCAUUGCCCCCGCACCUGCAGUGCCUGCUGCUGGUUCUGCCACUCCCACUGCUGCAUCAGCUGCACCCGUUUCUACUACGGCUCCUGCUGCAGCGUCCUCUGCUGCUGCCACUCCUGCUGCCGCCACUCCUGUAGCUGCGGGGGGAUCACCAGUGCUGCAUGGGGUGGAAGGGGGAACCGUGUCUGCUGCAGUGCUGGCUGCUGUGGUGGCCUUCACAGAAAACGCCCCUCCUGAUGACGCCCCUGCUGCUCCCACCACCACUGCUGCUGCUCCUGCUGCUGUUGCUGGUGUGAGUGAGAAGGGAGGGGAGGAGAGCAGUAGCAGCAAGGCAGGUGCGGGGAGGGGAGAAUCUGAUGGGGAGUCAGUGCUGGCGACGCUGCUCAAGGAGGUGGGGCCGGCCGGGCUGCUGGCAGCAGCAACGCCGCAGCGGCUGCAAACGGUGCAGACGCUGUCGUACCUCAUGUUUGACACGCGCCCCAUGGCUGAGGCCCAGACGUCGCCCCUUGCUCAGGAGUCUGUGCUUCAGAAGGCGCCGCUCAAGGCGUUCAACCAAUCGUACUGGCUGAUUGUCAGAGCCAUGCUGCUGCUUCGAGGGCUGUGCCACUCUCUGGAUGCUGACAUCUCAGCCGUCCAAUUGUGGAGGCCCUAUGCCGAGGCUCUGCUUGCACUAGACCCAUAG